GCAACAGCGCGGACGACGCGGUUGCCGUCCCGUCGUACGCGUGCCUCGACUAGCUCCGCGUCAGUAAUACGCGCCCCUCUCCGCGCGCGGACGCCUAACUUCACUCGCGGAUCGUAUUUCAAUAUCAAAACAAAAUGGUGUACAGAAGUUUCCACACGGAUGACGUGAUUAAACUAGUGAAGGUCCGCGAAUGUUUAUGGAACCCACGAAACGCACAAUACGGUGAUAAGUUCGCGAAACAACACGCGUGGUACGAGAUUUGUAUGGCGGUUAUACCUAAAUUCAAUAAGCGACCUUUUGAAGAGCAGACUUUAAUCGCGAAGGCCGUGCAAGCAAGAUGGAAGACAGCCAGAGAUGCAUUCAUGAAGUGCAUCAAUGACAACGGAAAAAAAUUCACGUACAGAGGCAAAUCGAACUACGUCCACUAUGACAUACUAACAUUUCUCCAAAAAGUCAAAGACUAUGAAGAAGAAAAUAAAAGAAAUGGCGUUUUCGGCAAUUAUGUCCCCGAAGAAGAGACACAAAUUGAUGAAGAAGAUACUACAACACUUUCAAAUGAUGAUGAUGACACCGAAGAUAUAGAUUUUAAUAUGGACAUGAAUGAGGACGAAACAAAUCCUGAAGAUUCUGAAGUUAGUACCAAUGUAGUUGAUAACACUGAUAGUACCGUUGUAUACUGUGGACCAGGACCAUCAAAUUCUGAUAGAGAAUAUCCUUUAGUACAACCUCAAAAGAAAAGAGCAAAGAUAAAUGGAUCUCCAGCUCCAAGAGGUAGAAAAAGAAAAAGUGAUAAUAACAUGUCGGAAUUUGAAACGAAACUUUUGAACAUUUUGAGUGCCAAAUUUGAAUCGAAGUCGUAUUUACUUCUCGCUGAAGAUGAUCAGAACUUUUUUAAUUCUUUAGCGCCAAUGAUUAGAAAAUUUAACAAUAGCCAAAAAUUGCAUUUUAGGUCUCGAGUGCUAGAAAUAUUAAGAGAAGUGGAAACUGUAAGUUCGGUUAGGAUAAAAAAUGAACCAAUUUCUAUUGAAGUCCAUACAAAUGAGGAUAGUGAUAAUCCUUUAGGAGAAAGUGUUACCUUUCAAUAUGCAGAUUUUUUACCGACUCCAAAUAAAGAAGAAGGUUCAUAGUUUGACCUGUGUAUGUAUGGUUGAGCGUGAUUUCACGUAAGUUGCACCGAUUUUGAUGUGGUUUAAUUUUUUGUAAUAAGAAAAUUGAAAACUAAAUACUUAUCUACACUGAUCUCAUACCUAGACAUUUGUGCGAUGGUUACUCUUUUAAUUGUUAUAAAGGCCAUUAGCAGGAAAAAUAUUUCCGAUAUUAAACAUUCAAAUAAAAAUGUGUUCUAUUGUGGAUGUGGACUCCUAACAAUUUUUAUUAAAAU